CUUAUAAAAUACAUAAGUAAAUUAAAAACAUAAUAAAAAUAUAUAAUGUAUCAUUUUUAAUUUUAAAAAAGAAAAACUUAAAAACUCUUAAGUAUAUAAGAGAAAUAAUUCUUUACAAAUUUUAAACAUUAUUAGUAUUUUAUUAUCAGCCAGAUGAAUACAGUUGACAAAACUAGUGAUUCUACUGAAAAUAUAAAUGGACAUAAAGUACAUAAUGUAGAAGAAAUUCAAAUACCUGUACCAUGGGGUUAUUUAAGCGGCAAAUGGUGGGGACCAAUGGAUCAACAACCCAUAGUAGCAAUACAUGGCUGGCAAGAUAAUGCUGGAACAUUUGAUAAAUUAAUUCCAUUAUUACCAUCAAAUGUAGCCAUUCUAGCUAUAGAUUUGCCAGGUCAUGGUCUAUCUUCCCAUCUUCCUAGUGGACAAUUUUAUUAUGUAUUUUGGGAUGGGCUUGUUAUACUACGUAGACUUGUUAAAUAUUAUAACUGGAACAAGGUCAAAUUACUUGGACAUUCCUUAGGAGGGGCAAUAUCAUUUUUAUAUGCUGCAUUUUAUCCUGAUGAAGUGGAAUUCAUGAUAAGUUUAGAUAUUGCAAGUCCUAGUGUAAAAGAUGUGGCAAAAAAUGUUGCUAUACUUAGUGAUAGUAUUGACAAAUUUUUAAAGUAUGAAUUGCUACAAUCUGAUAGUAUUCCAUCCUAUAGUUAUGAUGAAGUGCUUAGCAUUGUUGAAGAUGCUUAUAAAGGUUCCAUAACUAGAGAAAGUGCCAUAAUAUUAAUGAAACGUGGUUUGCGACCUGCCAAUGAAUCCGAACGAUACUAUUUUUCACGUGAUCCGCGAUUAAAGGUUUCUGCAUUGGGUACAAUAUCUUUAGAUAUGGUACUUGUAUAUGCAACUCGGAUAAAAUGUGCUUAUCUUAAUAUUCGUGCUAUACCUGGAUUGAAACUUGAUUAUCCUGAAUCUUAUGAUAAAGUUUUAGAUCAAAUAAAAAUAGGUGCUAAAAGAUUUGAAUAUCAUAAAGUAGAGGGAACUCAUCAUGUACAUUUAAAUUAUCCUGAAAAAAUUGCACCUAUAAUUAACAGUUUUAUAAGUACUUAAUGAUAAGCAAAGUUUAGAUGUAAACUGAUAGGGUUUGUUUAAAAAUGAGUCAUAACUUAAAAAUAUCUUAGAAGUAAUAAAUGAUACUACUUACAAGGCCAAUGAACGAUGUUUUUAUAAAAUUUAAUGGUACAUAUUAUUUUAAUGGAUAUUACAUUUGGUAACCAACAACGAUAAUGCAUUAAUGUUUUACUAAUGCAACACAGUUAUAUCAAUGUGUAUUUUAUGCAUAACUCGGCAAUAAAUGACUUCAAAGCGAUACAUGCUAUCAUUUCGUACUGCUUGUAUUAACUUCUUUUUAUAGUUUUACUAAAAAAUACGAUUGGUAUUAUAUUCAGAUAUAAUUUAUUUAAAAAAAAUCUAAUUGUUUAUGUUUGUAUGUUUAUUUAUUGUAAUAAAUAGUU